CUUCCUCAUCAUAAACCGAUGGAAAGAGGGAGAGAGAUGGAGAUGAUAAGCAACAUGGCGAGUUGCUUGAUCCUUCUGUCGAACUCCACGUCGAACCAAAACGACAUCGGAAAACGCGUUUUCACAUGCAAGACGUGCAGCAAGGUGUUCCCGUCGUUUCAAGCCUUGGGGGGCCACCGUGCGAGUCAUCGGAGAUCGGCGGUAGUCGACGGAGAAGCACCGCCGUGGCCGAGGCGUCUCAAGCAGGCGAAGCACGACUGCCCCAUCUGCGGCGCCGAGUUCGCCGUGGGCCAAGCUUUGGGGGGUCACAUGAGGAAGCAUAAAGGAGGAGCUCACGCCGCCGACGCCGGUGGAGGCGGAGUUGGCCAGAGAUCAUGCGAGGAGGCGGAGGUGUUGCGUGCAUCGCCGGUGACGAUGAAGAAAUCUGGCGGCGGAAGUGGGAAAAGGGUUUUGUGUUUGGAUUUGAAUCUUACGCCGUUGGAGAACGAAGAUUUGAAGCUGGAGCUUGGGAGGAUGGCCUUAUAGUUUUUAUAUUUUUUUUUACAUGUACGUUUAUUUUUGUGAUUAUUAAUUAGCUCGUUUAGUUGAUUUUUUUUUAUGGUCUUGGACUACUACUUAUGUACAGAACAUUGCACACCACAAGUGAAUCUAUCCGAUGUAGAUACAGAAACAAUAUUUUAAUUUUUGGUCACUAUCUUUAA